GAUGGCGGCGCCCAGGAGCCGCUGAGGCGCGAGGCAGAGAAUGGGACAGGCGACGUUGGCGCCGGGGGCUCGGCUGGGGCGCUGGCUAAGCGGGCCGGGGCUGGGACCAUGGCGAGGGCACUGGACUGCGGCGGGGCGCUCGCGGAGCCGGCGCGAGGCGGCGGAGGCCGAGGCGGAUGCGCCUGUGUUCCAGUACGUGGGCCAGCGCGCGGCUCGCGUCGACCGCAUCUUCGUAUGGGGUUUCAGCUUCUCCGGGGCGCUGGGGGUGCCCACCUUCGUGCUGCCCGGCUCCGGGCCCCAGCCCCGUGGCGGCUUGCGGCCGCGCCGCAGGAUUCAGCCCGUGCCCUACCGCCUGGAGCUGGAUCAAAAGAUUUCAUCAGCUGCUUGUGGCUAUGGGUUCACAUUGCUGUCCUCUAAAACCAAGGAUGUUACGAAAGUUUGGGGUAUGGGACUCAACAAAGAUUCUCAGCUUGGAUUUCACAGGAGCCGGAAAGAUAAAAUGAGGGGAUACGAGUACGUUUUGGAGCCCUCGCCAGUUCCACUGCCUCUGGACAGACCUCAGGAGACGCGGGUGCUACAGGUCUCCUGCGGCAGAGCCCACUCUCUUGUGCUCACAGACAGCGAAGGAGUCUUCAGCAUGGGAAACAAUUCUUACGGGCAGUGUGGAAGAAAGGUGGUCGAAAAUGAAAUUUACAGCGAAAGUCACAAAGUCCACAGAAUGCAGGACUUCGACGGACAGGUGGUCCAGGUCGCCUGUGGUCAGGACCAUAGCCUGUUUCUGACGGAUAAAGGAGAAGUCUAUUCUUGUGGAUGGGGCGCAGAUGGGCAAACAGGUCUGGGUCACUACAAUAUUACCAGUGUACCUACCAAGCUGGGUGGAGACCUUGCUGGCGUGAACAUUGUCCAGGUUGCCACCUACGGUGAUUGUUGCCUGGCUGUGUCCGCUGCUGGAGACCUCUUUGGUUGGGGCAACUCUGAGUACCUGCAGCUGGCUUCUGUCACGGACUCCACACAGGUGAACAUUCCCCGGUGUUUACCCUUCUCAGGAGUGGGCAAGGUGAAACAGGCUGCAUGUGGUGGGACAGGCUGUGCUGUGUUGAAUGGAGAAGGACAUGUUUUUGUCUGGGGCUAUGGAAUUCUUGGGAAAGGACCAAACCUAGUGGAAACUGCUCUUCCAGAAAUGAUUCCACCCACUCUCUUUGGCUUGACGGAGUUCAACCCAGAAGUCCAGGUUUCCCGUAUACGAUGUGGACUCAGCCACUUUGCUGCCCUCACCAACAAAGGAGAGCUGUUUGUAUGGGGCAAGAACAUUCGAGGGUGCCUGGGAAUCGGCCGCCUAGAAGACCAGUAUUUCCCGUGGAGGGUGACGAUGCCUGGGGAGCCCGUGGAUGUGGCGUGUGGUGUGGAUCACAUGGUGACUCUGGCUAAAUCAUUGGUCUGAAUCUCCUUCCUGGCCUGCUUGAGCCUGGCUCGGGCCUCGGAACCACUCAGAUUGCUUAGCAGGGGCAGCCAGCGGGGUUCGAUGGGGCUCAGAGAGGAUCAGAGUGUGAUCCUUCACAACGUGUGACACUCUCUUCUAAAGCCCUUAGGAGGAACGUACUGGGAGUUCUGGACCAUGGUCCCUGCUGGAGGUGAGACCUGCUGAAUUCACACGUAAGGGCUGCCUUCGUCAGCCUGAUCUACAGGAAGACGAGUCCCCGGGCUGUGUGGCCCCCACAGGGCGAGGAUAAUUAGAAUGUCUCGGCUCUUUCCAGGGGACACAGGAUGGCUUCUGGCGUCACUUCUGGUCCAAGAACCUAGCUCCCGUGGCAUGCCAUUUUCUUUGAUCUUAAAAGGAGGCCUGGCCGAAUGCAAUGCUCAGGAGAGGUGCUGUAGCCUCGGAGCACGGCAGAGCCCUCGGCGGGUGUCUGGGCAGGCUGUGCGUGGGCCCCAGGGAGAGUGCCGGGCUGGCUUCGGCCUGGGGUUUUCAUUCAGGUCCUCCCUUCCACCCAGCCAUUUCCAGGCGGCUGCGCACGGCCAGCCUGCUGCUGGGGCACAUGCCGAAAUCCCUUCCUUGGACUGGGGUUCUCCCUGAAAAUAUCGGUGGGCACCAGCUCGGUACCACAUGGGCUCAUGACUGUCACCAGCCUUGUAACCAUUCUCUGCGCCUGGCUUGGAACAGUGGAGAAGACCCCGCAGGAAAAAGAUCAAGGCCAGAUUCCUGUGGGCUGAGGGCUCUGAACACAUCCCACAAAAGCUUGGCUGGCGUGCCAGCCUCAGAGAAGAAAGAUUCAAAGUUGUGAAAAACAUUUGAGUUAAUAAUGUAACUUGUUUUAUUCUUUAAAAAAAAUAUUUUAAAAACCUUUUUUUGGAAUAAAGUCUAUUUUCUGCCUUUUUUAUUUUAAAGAA